UCUAGUAUCUGCAGAUGCAGGGAGGGAGCAGGUGAAUGGAUUAAUAAGCAUGGCCUUGUUCCUGGUCUAUGCAUUGACACUGCUGAGCACAGGCUCAGGGUGUCAUCACCGGAUCUGUGACUGCUCCCACAGGAUUCUCCUGUGCCAAGAAAGCCAGGUGACAGAGAUUCCCUCAGACCUCCCCAGGAAUGCAAUUGAACUGAGAUUUGUCCUGACCAAGAUUCAAGUCAUCCCAGCAGGAGCUUUUUCAGGAUUUGGGGACCUGGAGAAAAUAGAGAUCUCACAGAAUGAUGUCUUAGAAGAGAUUGAGGCCAAUGUGUUCUCCAGCCUUCCCCAGCUAUAUGAAAUAAGAAUUGAAAAGGCCAACAAACUGCUGUAUAUCAACCCUGAGGCCUUUCAGAACCUUCCUAAGCUCCGAUAUUUGUUAAUAUCCAACACAGGUAUUAAACACUUGCCAGCUGUUCACAAGAUUCAGUCUCUCCAAAAGGUUCUACUAGAUAUUCAAGAUAAUAUUAACAUCCGUAUAGUCAAAGAAAAUUCUUUCAUGGGGCUGAGUUUUGAAAGCAUAAUUCUAUGGCUGAAUAAAAAUGGGAUUCAAGAAAUACACAACUGUGCAUUCAAUGGAACCCAACUAGAUGAGCUGAAUUUAAGUGAUAACAAUCAUUUGGAAGAAUUACCUAAUGAUGUUUUCCGAGGAGCCUCUGGACCUGUCAUUCUAGAUAUUUCAAGAACUGGGAUCCAUGCUCUGCCUAGCUAUGGCUUAGAAAAUAUUAAGAAGCUACGGGCUAGGUCAACUUAUAACUUAAAAAAACUUCCCAGUCUUGAAAAAUUAGUCUCACUUAUGGAGGCCACCCUCACCUACCCCAGCCAUUGCUGUGCCUUUACAAACUGGAGACGACAAAUGUGA